AUGGGCAUACGCACACAGGCGAGUGGAUUCGUGACGUCUCCACUUCGGCCGGGGCACAAAGCACCGCUGCGGGGGAAUCUCGCAACUAUCUCGCGGGGGCUGUUGAUCCCGCGCAGGCGAGCCCAGGCCACGCCCCUGGGCGUCGCCGCACCCCCGUACGACCACCCCACCCCCACGACGCCAAGCGCGACCGGACGACGCGCCAGCUAUUAUCCCUGUUUCCUGUCCGCGAGCGCUCGCCUGCUACGCCGAUCUAUCGAUUGUUUGUUUUUUUUUGUCUCUUCCCUCGCCGCGCGUAAACAAGACAGAUACGCGGCCCUUCCGAGUGCU